AGUGGCGUCCCCUCCACAUUGCGUGACCCGUUAGCCAAAUAAUGACCAAAUAAGUUAAUAAAACUGCUCAUCUUUGCUUAAGAAGUGCGUUUUUGGUGUGUGUUCUUUUAUAUUUGGAAAUCAUGCGGAAUCUGAUUCUGGCCGUUUGUGCAACGUGGCUGGUGCUGGUUAUUUGCCAAUCGGAGGCGAAGCCCCAAGGAUGCUCCAGAUGUGCAGAAUCUUACGAGAAGGAUGGAGACAAGUGUUGUGACGAUUGUGAGCCCUGUAGGUCCAGCUUCAAUAUGGAACAACCACCGGAUGGUGAUUGCAAGAAGCCAAAAAACUACCAGUUUGCUGUCCAACAUAUCAAAACCCACUGCAAGGAAGAGCAUCGGGGAUCCUUGGAUGCCGACUUCGAAGGACCUCCAGAGCAGCCAUGCAAAAAAUACUACAACAAUUACUUCAAAAUACAAAAGCCUCAUUCGCCCCCGUGCCCGGAAGAGAUGGAUUAUCAUGACUUUGAAAUUGCUGCCCCGGUCGUCCCAAAACGAUGCAAAUCUUUGAAGCUGACAGCUAAAAUUGACCACCAUCCGAGACAUUGCGCCUGUGAACAUUGCACGUAUGUAAAGUAUCCAAAUACAACAGUUUCUAGGAACAGUAUCAGUGAAAAUUGUAAAUCAAACAUUCGAGUGAAGCGUUCAAUAAAACAGAACGCUCACCAAAGAAAAUUACCCAGAAAUCUUGGUUCAAAACAAAAUCUUCUGAAACGAUCAAUGAUAAAUGAGAACGUUUUCCAGAAAGAAGGGUAUAUUUGUCGUUGUGUUCCGGAGAGUGAAAAAAAUAAAUUGUUCUGCACACCAAAUGAAACUUCGGGACCUGUAGCACAAAAUUUAACUCAAACAAAUUCAAACAAUACCCUUGAUGUAGAUCCUAUGUAUGUGGGAUCGGCGUUGCCACCUUCAUACGAAGAAAUUCAAGAACAACUGCAAAAAGCUACAGUCACGGGUGAAACCGAAACGAUACCCGAAAUGCUUAAAAAUUUCAUUGGCAUAUAUUAUGAUAUUUACAAAGAUAAUCGAGAGCCUAAAAAUUAUUCAUUGUUAAUAAAAUAUGGUACCAAAAAACCAAAAAUAGACGAAUAUGGACUACGUACGUUCGAAAUUGAACCAAUUGAUGGGUUUUAUGAACCAUCUGCGUUGAACAGUUUUGCUAGCUUUUCAAAUAAGCUUAUUGGUCAAUUUAUUGAUAUUUCACGGGGUCAACCUUUCGCCAACAAACGCGUCGCGUCCAGCAAUAGAAAUUCUAUAAUCAAACAUUUUCCAUUCAAACGCAAUCAGAAACGUCAAUGCAGCAUUCGAGAAUCACCCGACGAAGCAUGGUCUGAUGAGUAAGUUUCAGUAAUCUAGUUUAUUUUAUUUAUUUUAGUUAAGCCAACCUGACUUCGGUGCAGAACGAACGACUCGGACAAAGAGACUGACGACCAUCGAGAGACUGAAUCGGUUAUGUUUGACUGGAUGAGAAAUCUACAGAAUUGUUUUGUCAACUUCAACACGACGCAUUAAUGUUUAUUUCUAAGACAAUUUAUAGGACUGCAAUUUCUCCAGAAACCAAUCUACUGUGGUUUUGCCAAAUGAAAUAAAACUAUUUUAAUUGAAUUUGUGUUACAUCGAGUAGCAUCUCAUUUAUUUUUUAUUUGUUGGUAGUUUUUACUCCGGAACAAUAUCAAUAAA